CUUCCGGGAUACCACGACUGCUUCCGGGCCUGCUCAUGCGCUCUGGGAUUGUGGCGCUCGGUGUCUAGGAUCGUGCGGAGCCAAGAUUUCACCCGCAAUGAGCUUCCUCAAGAGCUUCCCGCCACCUGCGUCGGAAGACGGGCUCCGGCUGCAGCAGCCAGACACCGAGGCUGUGCUGAACGGGAAGGGGCUCGGCUCCGGCACCCUUUACAUUGCCGAGAGCCGCCUGUCUUGGUUAGAUGGUUCUGGAUUAGGAUUCUCACUGGAAUACCCCACGAUUAGUUUACAUGCAGUUUCCAGGGACCCAAAUGCUUAUCCUCGAGAGCAUCUGUAUGUUAUGGUGAAUGCCAAAUUUGGAGAAGAAUCGAAAGAAUCUCUCUCUGAUGAAGAUGAGGAAGACGGUGAUGAUGUUGAACCCAUUACUGAAUUUAGAUUUGUGCCCAGUGAUAAGUCAGCAUUGGAGGCAAUGUUCACUGCGAUGUGUGAAUGCCAGGCCCUGCAUCCAGACCCUGAGGAUGAAGACUCUGAUGAUUACGAUGGAGAAGAGUAUGAUGUGGAAGCACAUGAACAAGGACAGGGGGACAUCCCUACAUUUUACACCUAUGAAGAAGGACUAUCCCAUUUAACAGCAGAAGGGCAAGCCACAUUGGAGAGGUUAGAAGGAAUGCUUUCUCAGUCUGUGAGCAGCCAAUAUAACAUGGCAGGAGUCAGGACAGAAGAUUCAGUAAGAGAUUAUGAAGAUGGCAUGGAGGUAGAUACCACACCAACUGUUGCUGGGCAGUUUGAGGAUGCAGAUGUUGAUCACUGAAGAUGAUUUAUGCUGCUAAACAAUUAUCUCAUAAUGGUAGGCGAGAACUUGGUGCGUCUUCCAGUCCAGAGUAGGGCUGGUGAAAGGCUUUUUCUUUCUCCAAAACUUACUUUGCAAGACAGACUAUAAUGAGACAGUAAGCUGUCACCAGCAGAAGAGACUGAGACCUUUAUCAACAAAGGUGAAUUAACUGAGCGGGUAUUUUUGGUUCUCAUUUACCCCCAAGCUUCCUGGGUCUAGGUGUCUUCCUUAAUAGGCCUCUAAUUCCUGCCUUUGCUGUAUGUACAUCUGUCAGCCAGAAGGCCUACGAGGUGAAAUGUACAGAGCUCAUACUAUACAGACUGGGUAAGAAACAUGCUGAGAAGAGAAGUACAGGCCUCAGAGGAGGCAGGCUCUAUCUAGCCUUUCCCACAGAGGCGUGGGUCCUUUACUUCAGGCUGACUCUAGGUCAUCUCCAGGGAACACCUCGCCAGGACACAAUACUUCUGUGCUAGCUUCUGCCCUCCUCCUCAUUCCCCAGUUGCUCUAUUACAUUCUCCCAGCUUAGAUCCUUGACAGUCUGGCUUUCUGUAACAUAAUAAGUAAUCUGUAAUGAAGUCUGCAAAGUACUCUUUGAUGUUUUUGUCUUUGUAAUAGUUAAUAAAUAAAUCUAGAUUUUCUAUA